CUAAUUAGACCUCUUCUCAGGUUGAAGUUGGACAGGGUCACAUUGGGAGUUUACUGAGUUCACUUAACUACUUCAAAAGAUUCAUAAAAAUACCUGCUAAAACAGGUGCAAACCUAACAGGAGAGUCAGGAAGUACCGUUCACACAGUCCUGAAGAAGAGGUCUAAUUAGGUCUAUGGCUCUACCGACCUUCUCGGCCCAUGUGCCCAGUCGGUCCCGGGUGCUGGCCGGACAGCUGGCCCGGCAGCGGGAGCAGGAGGCCCGGUGGCGGCAGCAGUGGGAGCGGCAUGCUCAGUACUUUAGAGAGCAGAAUGUCUGCAGCCAGAGACAGGCGGUUUGGAGCUCCCGUCACUCCUACCAGCAGAGUUUUUUUCAGUUUCAUCAGAAGACAAAUAGCAGACAAAGAUGCCACAGAAAGACAACCCAUGAUUUUUUUCCCCACUGUUUUGUCAGUAUGUCAGCAUAUCAUAAACAGAGACUGGAAGAGGAAAAGAAGGCCAGCCUAGAGCAGCGCAAGAAUCGACUCAGGGCCAUGCUUCAAGAGGAGCAAGACCGGCUGGAGGCAGAGCUCAGGGAAGUGGUCCCUGACAGGAGCACAUUGGCAAGUCAGCUGGUGCAAAAAACUGACGAGCUUCGUACAGCGAAGGAGGAAAGAAGAAAAAAGCUUGCACAAGAGCUGCUGAGGGAACACUGGAAGAAAAACAACCCAGAGUUGCGAGAGGUCGAGUCGGCAUUACAUAAAGAUCAUGUUGUCAGCCAAUGGCAGGAGCAGAUAUCUAAGAGGAAACAGCAAGAAGUGGCUGAACAGGAGGAGAAGAGACGCUUUGAAAAUGAGUAUGAGAGGACCCGAAAAGAGGCUCUGGAGAGAAUGAAGCAAGCGGAGGAGAAAAAGAACACAGAGGAGCGGAAGAGAGUGGAAGAACUUCGCAAACAGAUGGAAGAACUGAAGCUGAGGGAAGAGGAGGCAACUCGUCUAAAGAAGGAGCAAGAGGCUCUGCUGGUCAAGCAAUGGGAGCUGGAGAAGAUAGAGGAGGAAAGGAGAGAGGUGGAGGAAAGGCGAAAAAAGUCUGAGAUGGGGCAUUUCUUGAUCCGUCAAUAUCGUGCUCAGCUGAAGAGGAGAGCCCAGCAAGUGCAGGAGGAACUGGAGGCCGACCGUAAGAUCCUGGCAGCCUUGCUGGAAGGACAGCAGGAGGACAGGAGGAUGGAGACUGCACGAAGGGAAAGGGCCAUCGCUGACGCUGCCUGGAUGAAACGUGUGAUUGAAGAGCAGCUUCAGUUGGAGCGGGAGAGGGAGGCUGAGUUUGACAUCCUACACAGAGAGGAAGCUCAACACGUGUGGGAGAAACGCGAAGCGCAGUGGGAGAAGGAGAGGAAAGCCAGAGAACGACUCAUGCAAGAGGUGCUUGCUGGGAGACAACAGCAACUGGAGCUGAAGGUGCAGAAGAACCGCGAGGCUCAGGAGGAGUCCCUGAGGAGACGAGAAGAGCUGAUCCAGGAGCUGGAGAUGGAGAGGGAGAUCAGACGACGGGAGAUGGUGCAAGAAGAGGGCCGUAGGACAGCACGGAUGCAAGAGAUAAAUGCUCAGGUGGAGCAGCAGCGCCAAGAGCGGUGGGAGGAGCAAUGCAGGACAGAGCAGGAGGAGGAGGAGGACAGGGAGGCUCUUCGAAUCCAGGAGGAAGAGCUGAGGCUGGAAAUGCAGAGGAUGGCCAAGAAAGGGCACCAGGAAAAGAUUCACAGCAGACCUCGAACAGCCUGGACAUGAGCAAUCUGCAGGACUGAAAUCAAAACAGAAUUGUGAGAUGUAUAUUUUCUACAUGCAAUUAGCUUUAAAGGAUAGUUUCACAUUGUUUCAAGUGUGUCUUAAAACAACACGCACGUCUAUAUGUAAAGUGUAACAUUUAGUGGUCACUGCAGUUGAUCCCUUCCUGACAUGAUUGCAAUGUAAUAGAUGGGAAUUAAAAUGCACCGUCCUUGUUCCAUGUAACAAUGUAUUCUAAAGUUCAGCCAAAGCUAAUAUGUGGCAUCAGCUGUCUUUUUUUUUUUUUUGUGCGCAAAAUUGUCUAUUUUGUUUUCUCUGAUAGUGUUUUCUUGCAAUGGAGGGACAGUAACAAAAAGAGAAUUUCUUACUAAAAAGAGAAAAGUAGAUACCCACUCGAUUUGAAUAACUCAGACUCCUGAAGCCACCUCUGAAACUAUCCUUUAAUGUCUUUAAAGACUGAAGCAUUCAUGUAGAUUAUAUUGUGCCAUCUUUGUUAAUAAUUUAAUGCUGGUUGUUUGCAUAUGUAGAAAAUAAUUGAUUUUUGCACUUGUAGAGCUGUAUAUUUUCUAUCUUGAACUUGUAGACUGUUUUUAAUAAAACUAUCCCAAUAAAAAUCGA